UUAGUUUAACACUAAUGCUUCAAUCUGAUUCAUGCUUAUGCUUUUCCUUCCAUUGCGGUUUUAUGAAUUAUAAAUCUUUGAUUGAGCAGGUGGAAAAGAUUCCUGGUACAUUUCAAUCAGCAGAGCAUUAUUUUGCAUCAUUUGUAUACCCUUUACUGGAAGAAACAAGGGCUCAACUCUCUUUAGGUUUGGAGCUGAUUUCCAGGGCACCUUUUGCUGAAGUUAUCUGUAUUGACAAGGUUGAAACAGAUGAAGAAUUACUAUACAAUGUCAGGGUUGAUUACUGGAGAAACAGGUCCGCUGGCCGUUGUCUGGACCCUUAUAGAACAGUGCCUGGAGAUCUUGUUAUUUUUGCAGAUUCUAAACUUGAAACUUUUUCUGAUGUACAAUGCUUGGGGAGGAAGACAUGGGCUUUUGCAUUGGUCACUGAAGUCAGAGAGAAUGAGAUUGAGGAUGAUGGUACCACUGGUUGUUUUAAAGUCCGAGUAUCUAAAGAGAGAACAGAAGGAGAUGGGAAGAACAAAUGGACCUUCAUGUAUUUCCUAAUUAAUAUAACAACUGGUGAAAGAAUUUGGAAUGCACUACACAUGUCUGGGAAUCUGAAUAUUAUCAAACAAGUGUUGUUCACUGAUUCAACGGUUAAAGAAAGUUGUGAACUCUGUCCAGAGAGCAGCAGUGGAGUAUGCACUGAAAAUUUUGGCACAAUCCUAUCGUCUAAGCUGAAUAAGUCUCAAAUGGCUGCGGUUUUGGCUUCACUUCGUAAAAUUGACUGCAACCACAAGUCAUCUGUGGAACUUAUCUGUGGCCCACCAGGAACAGGGAAGACUAGAACUAUUAGUGCAUUGCUAUGUGCUCUCUUGGGAACAAACAUAAGGACUCUUACUUGUGCUCCAACUGCUGUUGCAGUUAAGGAGGUGGCAUCUCGGGUUAUGAAGCAUUUGAAAGAGUCAUUCGAAACGGACCCUCAGAAGGAUGCUUCGAUUUGUUCCUUGGGAGAUCUUCUCUUCUUUGGUGACUAUGACUCCACUGCAGUUGGUUCAGAGAUGAAAGAGAUAUAUUUGGAUCAUCGUGUAGAAAGACUGGCAAAGUGCUUUGAGCCACUAAAUGGUUGGAGGCAUUCUUUCAACUCAAUGAUAGUUUUCCUUGAAGGUGGUGUUUCUGAGGACCAUGUCUCUGAAGAUGAAUUGUCUAAAAUGGAGGAAGGCAGCAUUGAAGGUAGCAAGGGAAAGAGAAAAACAUAUCUUCAGUUGGCAAGAGAGCAGUUCAAAUCUACUUCUUUGCAUCUCAGGGAAGUUGUCAAUACUCUCUCUACCCAUAUACCCAAAAGCUUUAUUAUGGAACACAACUUCCAAGCAAUGUUAUCUCUUCUAGGCUUCCUCCGUUCUUUUGAAUCUUUGUUGCAUCAAGACAAUAUGGUUUCUGAAGAACUAGAAAACCUGUUUGCAGGGAAAGAAAAUGUGAAGCAUUCUUCUAAGUCUGUUGUGGAUUCAUCAACCUUGAUGUACAUCAGAAGCGAAUGCCUUCACAUUCUAAAAAAUCUUCGGAAUUCGCUUGAUGAGCUUCAAUUUCCAAAGAAUAUCAGAAAAGAUUUGUUAAUAGAUUUCUGUUUUCAAACAGCUUCUUCUAUUUUCUCCACUGCUUCUGAUUCGCAUAAACUACAUUUGGUGGAUAUGAAGCCAUUAAACAUUUUAGUUAUUGAUGAAGCUGCACAGUUAAGAGAGUGUGAGUCAACCAUUCCACUCCAACUUCCUGGUAUAAAGCUUGCUAUUCUGAUUGGGGAUAAGUUCCAAUUACCCUCAAGAGUGACAAGCAAUAUUUGUGAUAAAGCUGGCUUCGGGAGAAGCUUAUAUGAAAGAUUGAGUUCACUGGAUCAUGCAAAGCACUUCCUCAAUCUGCAGUACCGAAUGCAUCCAUCAAUCAGUUUGUUUCCAUGCUCAAAUUUUUAUGCGAAUCAAAUAUUGGAUGCUCCAAAUGUUAAGCAUAAAGCCUAUGAAAAAAAAUGUCUUCCCGACCCAGUUUUUAGACCAUAUUUAUUCAUAAAUAUUUCUUGUGGGAGGGAGGAAGUGGAUGAGGUUGGACAUAGUGUGAAAAAUAUGGUUGAGGUGGCUGUUUUGAUGAAGAUAGUACAGAAUCUAUACCAAGCUUGGAGGAGUGGAAUAAAGGAGGAGCUUAGAAUUGGUGUACUAUCCCCAUAUACUGCUCAAGUACUUGAAAUUCAAGAAAGACUCAAACAGAAAUAUGAGAACAACGAUAGGUUUUCAGUAAAGGUACAGACAAUUGAUGGGUUCCAGGGUGGAGAAGAAGAUAUAAUACUGAUAUCAACUGUACGAGCUAAUAAUUUUGGAUCAGUUGGGGUGAUGGCCGAUGUUAAAAUAACUAAUGUUGCUUUGACAAGAGCUAGACAUUGUCUUUGGAUUUUGGGGAGUGAAAGGACCCUAGUUAUGAGUGAAACAGUGUGGAAAGAUAUUGUCCAUGGUGCUAAGGAUCGACAUUGUCUUUUGAAUGUUGAUGAAGAUAUUGAUUUGGCCAAUACCAUAUUUAAGGUCAAGGCGGAGCUUGAUGAACUGGAUGAUUUGCUUAAUAGGGAUAGUUCACUGUUCAACAGUGCUAGAUGGAAGGUUAUUUUCAGUGAAAAUUUUAGAAAAGCGUUCUAUAACUUGAAGUCAUCUCAUACUCAGAAUAUGGUCAUCGCCUUAUUACUAAAACUGUCAACUGGCUGGCGACCUAAAAGGAGGAAUAUAGAUUUGCCUUGUGAAAGUUCUUCCAUGAUUUUGAAAAAAUUCAAGGUGGGAUAUCUGUACAUUGUUUGCUCAAAUGAUCUUGAGAAGGAAUGUGGCUACUAUACCCAGGUUCUUAAGGUUUGGGAUAUAUUAGCAUUGGAGGAUAUUCCGAAGCUGGUUAAACACCUUGACAGCCUAUUUGAAAUGUACACUGAUGAUUAUCUCAGUUGUUGCAAGAAGAAAUCUUGGGAGGGGGAAUUGGAAAUUCCAAUGAGUUGGACAACUUCAUAUGAUAUUCUUCAAUACAAGAGUCUUAGCAAUAAUGCAACUGGUAGAAUUUCAAAUGUUAGUGGUCUGGCUAGAAGAGGCGGUUUUGAGAACUCAAUUGUGAGUGAGAGCUUUUUAAUUAUGAAAUUUUACUCCGUGACAUUUAAUAUGGUGCGACACUUUAUUUCUGGCCAUGAUGGUAGAGAACUGGAUCUUCCCUUUGAAUUAACUGACCAAGAGCGGGAGACCAUUUUCUUCAAUAGAAGCAGUUUUAUACUUGGAAGGUCUGGCACCGGGAAAACUACAGUUUUGAGCAUGAAGCUAUUCCAGAAAGAGCAAUUGUUUCAUAUUGCUUCAGAGGGAUUAUAUGAAGUUGAGGGCCAUUCGUCUACGCAUGCUAGCCAGAGAAAUGAAAUUGGUGAAUGCACUGGAGAUGCAAAGGGAGCAUGCUUGCACCAACUUUUUGUUACAGUUAGUCCGAGACUGUGUAAUGCCAUUAGACGACAAUUAUCUCACUUCCAAAGCUUUGCUUCUGGUGGGGAAUUUUUGGUAGAAAGCAGUUCACUAGAUUUGGAUUAUAUCGAUGACACGGUGCAAUUCAAGGAUAUUCCAGAUUCUUUUGUUAAUAUCCCAUCGAAGUCAUACCCCCUUGUUAUCACUUUUCAUAAGUUUUUGAUGAUGCUUGAUGGAACAGUGGGUAAUUCGUACUUCUCAAGAUUUCCUGAUGCACAUAAACCUUCAAGAACCGUUACCCUUAAAACCUUUAUCAGAUCAAGAGAGGUUAAUUAUGAGAGAUUCAUAUCAUCUUACUGGCCCUAUUUCAAAUCCCAUCUAAUAAAAUAUCUUGACUCUUCUGCAGUUUUUACUGAGAUAAUUUCUCAUAUAAAAGGUGGGUUAGAAGCAGGAAAGGUCCAUGAUGGUAGACUCUCUCGUGAGGACUAUCUUUUACUAUCUGAGGCUCGGGUGUCUACUCUUACCAUGGAGCAAAGAGACAGAGUUUACGAUAUUUUUCUAGAAUAUGAAAAGAAAAAGUUCAAGAAGGGUGAAUAUGAUUUGUCUGACUUAGUAAUGGAUCUUCAUUUUCGACUUAGAAAUGAAAGAUAUGAAGGUGAUCACAUUGAUUUUGUGUACAUUGACGAGGUGCAGGACCUGACGAUGAGACAAAUUGCUCUUUUCAAGUAUGUCAGUAAAAAUAUUGAUGAGGGAUUUGUUUUCUCGGGUGAUACAGCACAAACUAUUGCUAAGGGGGUUCAUUUUAGGUUCCAAGAUAUACGCCAUUUGUUCUUCAAGGAAUUUGUAUUGGGCUCUAGAACCGAUGCAACUGAUGAAAAGAAAGAGAAAGGAAAAUUAUCGAAAAUUUUUCAUUUGAGCCAGAACUUUCGCACACAUGCUGGUGUGCUUAACUUAGCACAAAGUAUAAUUGACCUUCUUUACCAUUUCUUCCCUUUAACUAUUGAUGUAUUGCACCCUGAGACAAGCCUUAUAAAUGGGGAAGCUCCAGUUUUGAUUGAAUGUGGGAAUUUCAAAGAUGCAUUGUCAACUAUUUUUGGAGAUAGCGAAAAUGCCAAAGGGAAUGCUGGUUUUGGAGCGGAGCAGGUUAUAUUAGUGCGGAAUGAUUCUGCUAAGGAGGAAAUUUCUAAAUAUGUUGGAAAGAAAGCUCUUGUUCUGACAAUAUUGGAGUGCAAGGCCUAG